AUGGAUACCACAGAAUUAGUCUACUCCUGGCAUCGCCCUUGGCGAGUUCUAUUGUUUCCAUUUGAAUGGCAGAGGCAGAACUUUCGGAAAUACUUUGCAAAAUUCGCCGCUCUCCUUGCCGUUCUUGCAUUCAUAACCGACCCAUUUACGCAACAAAUGGUGGAAUUUGUCGACUGUUAUCGUAUUUUCGCCUCUGAUCGUAAUAGCACCACACUGCGCGGCGCGAUCUCUAGAGCUAAUACAUACACGGCGUAUGGGGAUCAACUACAAACAGGCAAGAUUGAGAUUGAUGGUCCUAUGGCCUUUGCAAUCACCACGGGUCUAGUCAACCCACCCAUCGAUGCAUCCUCUCUUGUGCAAGCUGAAUGCACAUCUGGAAAUUGUACAUUUGGCCUCUUUCAAACACUUGGGAUUUGCCAUUCCUGUCAAGAUGUAUCGGCGAUGAUACAGUCACAACAUGACACGGGAUCCGACUACAACUACACAUUGUCUGAUUUAUCUUCGGAUAGUCGUUUCAUAGAGGUCGGGCGGGGGAUAUCACUGCAGACAAGUGUGUCCCGCGGCGACAACUCCACAAUUCUCCAGGUUGUAGUCCUACAAAUACCCCUGACGGAAAGCCCUUUCGCCGUCGACUGCCGUAUCACUCCGUGCGUGAAGACAUACAACUCUUCGAUGACAAAUACCGUAUUGAACGAAACUGUGUUAUCUACAGCACCCAUGGGAGCCAACGCGAUAGCAGAUACGUUCGACCCAUCAUUCAUGUCCUACCUGCUCGCAACCACGCAAACGCUACGAAACGGCCAACGGGAGAACUGCACUCCUGUUCCUGCCAUGCUGUUCAAUACAACAGAUACCUACGAUGUAAUAAACUCCGAGUUCGUAGUUGUCUCGACUGCGAAUAUUGAUGCGGCUCCGAAUCGGAUUCUAGUAGUCGACAAUGGUACGCUGUGGCCUAAAGAGUGCGUUUGGCAGUUUGGCUUAUAUUCCGACCGCGCCAUCCGCGAUCAGCUUAUUGCGGAUUUCGACAACCUAACGAUUCAACAGGGAGGAGGUACAACCGGAAUAGGGCUGUUGAACGCUAGGAAGCUAUGGGAGAAUGGGUAUGCAAACUUCUCCUCUGUGAAUCAGAUCAUGAGCGAUCUCACGGAUACCAUGACCUCGACCAUUAGGCAGCGCGGAAAUGAAGGGUCAGGGGGCUGGGCACCAGGCGAUGUGACGGUCCGAUUUACGUGUGUCCAGGUACGGUGGGCUUGGUUCUCUUUCCCGGCCGUGCUGGUCGGCUUAGCUACGGUAUUCCUGGUCAUCCUCAUACUGCAGUCCCCUGGCGGCAUGGCGGAAAGAACCUGGAAGUCGUCGAGCCUGGCCGUUCUGUUUUGCGCACUGGACGACGCUAUGAAGAUCGCGGGGAGGUUUGAGCUAACGAGAGAGGAGAUGCUGCGACUUGCGAAGACUACGACGGCCCAGCUUGUACAAGAUGAGGAGGGGAGAGCGAGGUUUCUUUGA